AUGGGCCUGGAUCUUCUUAGACAGAAGAAGGCCAUUGAACAAAAAAAAGCCGAAAUAGCACGAAUCAAAAAAGAAAUAGAAACAAAGUUAGGGGCAAAGCGCCAGAUUAUUCCGUCAAAAUUCCAGUAUCUUCUCUAUCUCCCCCGAGAAUCACAGGAGCUGAAUCAUGAAAAUCAUAGCCAACAGCAUAAUCAAUAUUAUGACGUAUUCUUAGUAGAUGAUGAUGGGAGGAGUUUGAUGUCACUAAAAGGUUGGAUUCAGUCCAAGAAGGCUGGUGACCACCAUCUUGAAACUUCAAACGACAGCCAUAAUAAUAGCAUGGCUCAGGAGAAAAAUCGGAAACGUGAGAGAAAACUCAAAGAGAGAGUAUUCUACGCUUUACCACACUCGUGGUUGGCCUCUAAUAUGGCAAGCACCGAUGACUGUGACCGUGUUCAGGUGAACAAUGUAACAUACGCGGUAGUUAAUGGCGGAAAGCGAUUAAUUCCACUACUGAAUCCAGAUGCUGACCAGAGCCCUUCAGUCGAAUGGGGUUCAUGGACCUACAGGAAAAGUGUCCAUGGUACAUUGAAACGGACGGACAUGACAAAAGUUCCAAUUUACUGCCGAUCUUUCAGUCGCACGGGUGUUUGUGAGGAAGGUGAACUGUGCAAGCAUAUACAUGACCGGAGAAUGCAGCGGUUGUGUUGGGAUUUCUUGAAUGACCAAUGUCAUGGCGAGUGUUCCUUGUCUCACAUGUCAAGUGAGUACAACGUACCACUUUGCUCAUAUUUUCUCGCUGGAAAUUGUAAGAAUCCGGCCUGCAGUUUUCUGCACAAUCCUCCACCCCAUUCUAUGGAUGAUAAGUACAGCAUAUGGUUGUGUCGACCAUUUUCCAAAGGAGGUUGGUGCAUUCGAGGCAAAAAGUGUCCAUUCUUGCAUUUGUAUCAAUGUCCCGAUUAUGAAGAGUAUGGUCAAUGUCCUCUAGGGAACAAUUGCAAUUUACAGCAUGUGGAUAGUGAAAGUUCCUCAGACCCUCAGAAAAUCAUCAUCAAUAGUUUUACUGUGAACCCAGUAGUCCUUUUUACUGGGUGUAAUAAUGUUUGA